GUACACAUUAGUGUUGUUAGUACCUUCCUGUUUUCCUAUAGGUUAUUUGCUACCUGCAACGAUAUUUGCAAACAUAAAAGUGAAAGCGCAUUACAUACAUUACUUAGCAGUAGCAGUGCACUGUAUCCGUCCUGUAGUGAUCAUCUAGUGAGUUCCAUCAGAGUGAUGCUUUUGUACCAUGUAAAGGAAGUGCUAUAUAAAUUCUAUCAGGAUGAUGUGGCCAGAAUAGUUGCGCUUAUCAUUCUGGCCCUGUCCAUCGUCCUCGGGUGCUACGUCAGCUCAAUCUUGGGACUUACCAUUUUGUUGUUCUUCAUCAAUGGCUGUGCGGCUGCAGUAUUUACGCUCAACCACAAGGAUCGGGUUGGGUGGUACCUUCAGAAGCUGAAAGAUUUCUUCGGCUAUAAGGAUUAUGAUCCACACAGCGCCUUGGAAUGUAAUAUUUGUGGCAACGAGAAAUGUCCCCGUCACAAUAGAAAUGCGCUGAUCCACGAACCGUGGAAGGGUUUCCUCAUUGAUCCCGCAUUGGACGAUGCGGUCGACAAGUUUUUCUCCCACAUCCUGAAUGGGUUUAUUUGUAACUGGUACGCCCAGAUAUCUCCGGAUGAAGAGUUCAUUCUUAACAUCAAAAGUAACCUACGGGAUGCCCUCUGUCGGUUACUGAUCCGAGCCAAAGAGUUGGAUGCUCCAACGGUCAUCACAACCCGCCUACUACCGACAUUUUUCAUUCACUAUGAAAUCAUCGCCAAAAUGCUACUGGUCGAUCACGUUCCGAUGGAUCGUCUUUCCAAAACAUUCCUUAUCGAUGAGUAUCCCAUCCAUCCGGCGGUGCUCAACCGCCAAGCGGAGCUGAGUUAUCUAAGAGGGGUCGCCAAAGUGAUGCUGCCUAGGCUGUUUACCCAGGAGAAUAUCAAAUGUAGGAUAUUUUCCAACUUGAUUAAGGAAUUACUGACUUUUUGGGUGCUGCUUCCGCUAUUGGAUGUAAUUUCGGAUCCGAAUUUGAUAAACUUGCUGAUAAUUGCUGCGACUGAUAAGCGUCAUAAAGAUCCCAACCGAGCGGGACGAUUGAAAGCUCUAAGUUGUGAAAAAGUGGAAAUUUUGAAGGAUUUCGUUGACAGAAGUCGAGAAAAGGUUGAAUGCAGUGUGGAAACGGUUGUUGGGGAGGAGAACAUUCUGAAGGAUCAGAACAAGUUAUACUAUUUUAUGCAGUUUUUGAUCAAGGAAGGGGCAGUGGAAUUGCUGCGAUUCUACUUAGACGUUGACAUCCUCAACAAGGAACUGGAGGACCCGCACAUUACGACUGAUCCAACAAAGCUGUCUUCGUUGCACCAGCAGUCGGAGAAAUUGCUACAAAUGUACCAAAGCUCAAUGAGGACUGAACAAGAAACAUCCAUUGCGGCUACACUUAACGAGGCUCACGAGCGAGUCAAGGAGAAGCUGGAGGAAAAAUGGCGAAAGCAUUUCAGUAAAACUUCCGAGUAUUUUGAGCUGGUUUAUGGUUCUAGAGAAGUCAAGGAGAAUUCGGAUAAAAAGCUCACCGAAGGCGGUGGCGGUUCUGGAACGAAACUGAGCUCCAAAUUCAAGGAGGUGAUACGGGGAGCCGUGGACGGUGCACCGAUUGAAGCCACCGAAGCUCCCACCGUUUGGGACGCUCUGAACGAUACCCAACCGAGCAACAAUAUCUACAGUUCCGUCACGCAGAAGCUCCGCAAGGAAAAGGGACAAAGCUUGGAUGCGUUCAUGGCGACGUUCAUGCAUUCCAUUGAACAGAGUCCCGACAUGGGUGAGGACGUUAUUCAAAUUAAGGAUAAAGUGAAGAAAAAAUUCAAACAACCUGGCCAAAGCGUCGUGUUUGGGGACCUAUUCGAACUGAAGAAAACUUCGAAGAACACCCACACGACCACCUUGCUUUCGCACAGCGUCCGGGGUCCAUCGCAGUGCUUAAUUUAUAUAUUGGUAAAAAUCCUAAACGCACCGGUUCUGGUCGUUCGCUUGGCAUUGGCGUUUUGCUGCGUAUCGCGUAAAACCGUAGACACCUUAAUUCACACCGGAGUUGCCCGAUUGCUACGGGCAGGGCUGAAAGAAACCCGUCUAGCCGUCCUCAUUAACCUACUGAGAGAGAUCAUUUUCCUCAAGAAACUACCGGAGCCUACGCCAGCCGAAUUGCUUCGACGACAACAGGAAGCUCGCAAGCGCCUGGAAGAUCUUCGUCCCGGCCUGGGCAACGUGGCCGAUGUGCUCCAAUCACCGGCACUAAACAAACAUCUCAUGUACUGUUUAUUCGAUAUCAUCCUGGGGGAAAUGUAUCCGGAAUUUGAGAGCCCUGCAGCUGUCGCCACGACAGUCUUCGAAAAGUAAACCCUAAUUGGAAAUAGAUGCUACUAAAUCUU